AACAAUAAAAAUUACAAAUAUUGUGUGCGUUAAACAAAAACAACACGAAUAGUUAAAAUAAGGAAGGAAAACUUUUCCAAUGAAAGUCUAUAUAGAUUUCUUUGCUUGGUGAAGUGCGCGCGUGCAAAAAAGUGCAAAUAGGAAGACAAGCUGCACAAUAGCUUGUGGUCAAGUGCAGUGGCGCUACAAAGUGAAAUUGGUGUAAUUGAAUUUAUAGACAAGUGUGCAUAUCAUUCUUUUGAGCAUACGAAAUGUGCAAACACAUAUGCAUAUAGUAUUGUACAUAAUCACUUAUCUUUAGCGUAUAUAACUGGGAGACGCAGGCAUAAACAAACCUUGUCUACAUACAAACAAGUAUAAUCUUAAGAAAUCAAUACUGCUUUAAUUUAUCGGAGAAAAUCAAUUUUCGCUAUUUGGAUUUGUAACUAUAAUGGUGGAUAAAGACGAAGACAAGAAUAUUGUAACGAACAAUAUAGCUCAAAAACAGGAACAGAAUAAGAUUGCGCAUAAAUCUCAUAACUUAGCAACAGCAUCAUCAUCAACAACAACAACAACAACAUCUUUACAAAACACCUCUAAUGCAGCGGCAAGUUCAGGAGCCAACUGCAAUCAAAUUGCAGCAAAUUCUACACACCUGGUAGGCAGUCAUAACCAUCCAAAAUUGAUACCCAUUCAGAGUGUACUAAACACCACCGACUCACACCAUCAGAAUACAACCGCAGCUACACAUCAUCAAACGAAAGGCCAUGAUAAUACGACAACGUUUCCGCAAUUCAUUACCGGUGCUGCUAAUGCCCAUACGCAAGUGGCCACAGAGUUGCCACACGAAGACGAGGAGAGGCUGGAGAAGCUAUUCAACACGCUCGAUCGGGAUGGUAAUGGACGUAUAGAUAUACAUGAUCUCUCUGAAGCAUUACGAGAGUUUGGGCUCUCAAGUGUUUAUGCCGAGAAAUUCCUGGAACAAUCCGAUAUUAAUCAAAGUGGCGAUGUUGGCCUUGCAGAAUUUGUGUUCUAUGUGCGUGAGCAUGAAAAGAAUUUACGACUACAGUUUUCACAUCUGGAUAAAAAUAAGGAUGGUAAAGUGGAUUUGGAGGAGUUAAUAGAUGCUUUUAAAGAUUUAGGUAUUGAAGUUGACCCAGAGGAGGCGACAAAUUUACUUUCUCGGAUAAAAAAUUAUCAAAAAUUCUCAGACUUAAGCAUGGAUCAAGAUGGCAGUUUAAAUAUUAGCUUUAAUGAAUGGCGCGAUUUCCUAUUAUUGGCACCAUCCACUGAUAUUCACGAUUUGAUCAAAUUCUGGCGGCAUUCUACUUACCUUGACAUUGGUGAAGAUUUAAAUGUACCUGAUGAUUUCACGCAGAGUGAAAUGCAGACCGGCAUGUGGUGGCGUCAUUUGGCGGCUGGUGGUAUAGCAGGUGCAGUGUCGCGUACAUGCACAGCUCCAUUAGAUAGGAUAAAAGUGUACUUGCAGGUUCAAACACAUAAAGCCGGAAUCUCUGAUAGUUUAAGAUAUAUGCUAAAUGAAGGAGGCCUCCGCAGUAUGUGGCGCGGCAAUGGUAUCAAUGUGUUGAAAAUUGCCCCCGAAUCGGCGAUUAAAUUUGCCGCUUACGAGAAGAUCAAACGUUUAAUACGUGGUGAUGAGAAGCGACAGAUGACGAUCGGUGAACGUUUUAUGGCUGGCGCAGCGGCCGGUGGCAUCUCGCAGACGGUCAUCUAUCCGAUGGAAGUAUUAAAGACACGUUUGGCCUUGCGUAAGACCGGUCAGUAUAAGGGUAUAUUGGAUGCAGCGAAAAAGAUCUAUUUAAUGGAGGGUGUACGUAGCUUUUAUCGUGGUUACAUUCCGAAUAUGUUGGGCAUUAUUCCUUAUGCCGGUAUUGAUCUGGCAGUUUAUGAAACUUUGAAGAAAAAGUAUUUAAGUAGUCAUAAUACGGAACAGCCAAGCUUUCUGGUGCUGCUGGCAUGCGGCAGUGCGUCCAGUACAUUGGGACAGGUGUGCUCGUAUCCAUUGGCGUUGGUGCGUACGCGACUGCAGGCGCAAGUGAUCAGCAAAAACAAACAACCCAGUGUGGGUAUACCCUUGCGGCAAGCAGGCGCCAUCAAUGACGACAACAUGUUCGGCGUCUUUCGUAAGAUUCUACACAACGAGGGCAUCUGUGGCUUGUAUCGUGGCAUAACACCGAAUUUCAUCAAAGUACUUCCAGCCGUUUCGAUCAGUUAUGUGGUGUACGAGUAUUCGAGCCGUGCUUUGGGUGUGAAUAUGACGUGAUCCCUCUACGUUAAGCGCAAUGUUUAUUAUAAAUAUCAACAGCAAUUAAAUGGUCUUGUUACACAACAACAACAACAACAGCAGCAGCAACAGCAACAACAACAACGGCGCUCAGUUGCAUAUUUAUAUACAUAUAUAUUUAUAUAUACGAAUACAUAUGUAAAUAAUAAUGCACUAGCACAAUGCAGUACUAUUGUUGUUGUACUUUUACUCCCAGUCUCUGCCUAUAAUUAAAUGCUACCAACAACAUUUUUGUAUAAUUCACAUUACUAUUUUUUUUUUUUUUGUUUUUGGUUUUUUCGAUUUUUUGUUUUCUGUUAGUCUGUAUAUUGUAGUGAUAAUUAAGCAAAGUUGCUCCGCGUGAUACUAAUUGCUAAUUACAUACAUACAUAAACAUAAACAAAAACAAAAAGAAGCAAAGAAACAAAAAAAAACGAAAAACAAAACAAAAGCAAAUGCGUAACGUAAAGUAACAAAAACAAAAACAAAUGAAAGUAAAAGAAAUGGCGGGUUUGAACAGUGAAUUGAGAAUGAGAGUCGUUGACUUAAAUAUAUAAUUUAGUUUAUAUAAACCUAACUGUAUAAUAAUAAAAAAACAGAAAGAGGAAAAACAGUUUAUAGCUUAUAUAUGCAUAUGUAAUGCUAAAUAUUUAUUUCUAAACUAUUUUUUACACGCAAAAACAAACAAACAAACAAAAAUGCAAAACACACACAUGCAAAAGUGUGAGGAGGAGGAAGCGGAAGAAACCGACGUAAAGAAUGUAUAACAUAGAUUUUAAUUUAUUAUUUAUUUAGUUAAAUUAAAAUUGGCGCAUGUAAGUGAAAAUGUUUAGGUAUAUUUAUAUGUAUGCAGUAUGUAUGUUAUUGUAUAAACCGAUUUUUUUUU